GUUCUCCAUUCCGAAAAAUUCAUACAAUGAUCAGCACAAGACCAAAUACAUGGAACGAAGGAUGCACCAGGAUCAAGUUGAUAUUUAUCACCCCCCUGAGGCUGAUAGGAGGAGACCGAUACGGUCUGACGCGAAUGGUGGACUUCAUCGGGAUGCAGUGUGAAAUGUUCCGAGACGGUGGUUUGCAGUACCCUACAUAAAAGCCACUUAUCCAGCGAGUGCAAGCUUGUAUGAAUUCGAGUUGUGCUUGUGGGGAAGUGGGGGGAUGGGGGGCAAUAAUAUACAUCGCGUGGUGGCCGAACAAUCCCACAACAAACUGAGUUGUAUAAUGUUAGCAAAUGCCCCGGACAACGGUUAUAUUUCACUAUAAAAUCAUGUUCUCAACAUCACUGUCUUAUGCCUAUCGCCCUGCCCAUUCACUUUGUACGAUUUGUUACAUCGAGCUGCCCCGGGCAAGGCGGUUUAGAGCAGUUCUAGAUGAUGAGGAGACUGAGAGAUGGGGAGUUGGCCUUGUUCUUUCCCACAGGAAAACAGACCUUUAUUUUAUACACGAUCUAUAUUGGCAUCAUCUUUGGGACCAUUUCGGUCCUGGAGAAUUUCACCUUGGCUCUCUCUAUGGAGCACUGGAGCGUUUGCCGACAGUACAACGUUAUGACCUUGGGGGCUACCCGAAGCUCGAAAAAUACACAGUGCCGAAUGGUCAGUUUAACCUUCCAAAUAUUGAAGAGCUUAUGCGGUUUGCAAGAAGACCCUCAAAAGCCGCUAGACACUGCCACAACGGGCAUAACUUACUCAUUAUCGAAGAUAUUGCCACCCUUCUUUGGAGGAUCUGGAGAACGCGAUUCAACAUUAACACAGAGAGGAGAUUUCUUCUUCCUGUUGUGAGACGAUUCACCAAGCCAGGGCAUCAAUUGGAGAUCAACUGGAGCCUCCUUUACCACAGUUCCUGCAAGCUUAACUGUAGUGGCUGGUUUUCCCUCGAUCGGAAUACACACAUAGAAUCCGUUGAGAUAACGCCUUACUUGCGAAAGGUAGCGAUAUCUGCGCAUCAAGGCACAGGGGAGGUAUCUAUCACCGGGAUGGAGAUUAUAUUCCACGAUCAACUAAGUAUCAUGCUUGGCUACGCGACCCCUGGAGUAAAGGAGACUACGAAGCAAAUUCAUACAGCGGACGUUGUUGGCUGUUGGCUUACGGGCAUUGCCUUUAGCCAUAAUACAAACGGUGUCCUCAGUGUUUGUAUAUUACAGGAGUACGAAGUGUGGAAGGAGCUUGAUGAUGAUGAGCUCAAGCGAUGGGGAAUUAAUUUUUAUACUUGCCCAUGCUGA